ACAGAAUCAGAAUAAAUAGUUUCUCAAUUUAAUCGACUAUCCAUUCGGUAAUAUUAUUUAUUUGUUUAAAGUAAAAGUUGAUCAAAAAGUGAAAAGUAAAAAUGAAUACCAAAGAAUUCCUUUCGUAUUUAAACUUGAUGAAAUUUGACUUUUGCAUCCUAUUUGGUGCUAUGGGCUAUCUUAUACAAAUGAUGGCUGUAACCACAUUAAUGGAGGACAAAGUUUGUAUGAAUCAUCUUAAAUUGAACCAAAGUUUUUGUGCCGAUUUCACAUCCUAUCCUGAUUCAGUGGAAACCCAAGAAAUACUUCGAGUUGCCAAUACAUUUAAGAACUGGCAGUUCGUUAUCAUCAAUACGCCAUGUUUACUUUUGUCCAUUUUCAUCGGCUAUUGGCUGGGAAAUUAUCCAAAGUAUUUCAAACUCAUGAUCAUGACAGUCUUUUUUGGUGGCGUUUGUCAAGUUUCAUUAUUAAUAGUCAAUCUCUUCGUUUUUGAAGCUCCUUGGUGGGCUUUAUUACUGUCGUAUAUUCCGUAUUCAAUGUGCGGAGGUGUAUUUUUGUUGUUCAGUUGUGUUUAUACUUCCAUUUCGUGGGGAACACCAAGUCAUCUUGUGAUUAUACGAUUUGCUGUCAUUGAGUUUAUUGUCAAAAUUGGAAUGCUUAGUUCGAGUUACUCAAGUGGUGCCAUAUUCGCCAUGAAUCCGUGGUUUGGUAAUCAUCGCAAGAAUUAUGUCGGAGUUCUAUUGACUAGUCUAGGAAUGAACCUUUGUGGAUUUGUUUAUGUGGGUUUAAUGACACCCAAUUUCGUUAUUAACUAAAACCCGGAGAAAGAUGAUGCUUCUUUCUCUCAAGUUGUUAAAGAUGUUUUCCAGUUAUCAAGAGCGAAACAAUUUUUGUCAGUUUUUUCAGUUAAAAGGCCAAACCAGGGUCGACUUAGAUUGAUACUAUUAAUUACUUCAGGAGCUGUUUGCAAUGCAUCACUUAAUGGAGAGGAUGGCAUCUCUUACCAGUUUGUUCAACGUGUUUAUGGGUUGACUGAAGAUGCGUACAAAAAACUAUUGACCCUAGGUUACAUACCACCAACCAUUGCUACUUCAAUCGGUCCAUCAUUGCUCAAGUUCUAGGCCUUUCUGUCCAAGUAUCGCUAUAUUUGGAUGUUUAUCAUUGUCUGCAUUUUUCGUUAUCAGAGGAAUAUUUUUGUCUGUUCGAGGUUACAUUGCUGGAUAUAUAAUUGGUUCCUGUGGACGAAUGUCUAGUGUUGCAAUUAGAAGUCUCAUCGUUUCUACCGUCGAACCCGCAGAAUCUGCUCAAAUCUUUACUCUUUCAACGGCACUGGAAACUUUUGUCGGAUUAGGAGCAACCUUCUUAUAUACUACAGUAUUUAGUGCGACAAUUGCUCAUCAACCUGGAGCCGUGAUGCUUACAGUCGGCUCAAUCAUAAUGUAUCCAUUAGCUGUUAGUUUAUGGAUAAGAUUUGUUCAAAGUAAAAAGACUAAAAUGUUAACUGGUCCAAGUAAUGUUGAAAUUGAUGCAACAUUGUCAAAUGGUCAGUCUAAAAAUGAAAAUGUACUCUAGUCUAUCAAAUUACUUAAAGUAAUAUCUGACAAAUAAAAAUAUUUUUAUAAAA